AUGAGCGGGAGACCGAUUAUAGCACUGACUUUGGACAUUGAAAAGACGUACCGGGGCAUACACGGACUAACAAGCAAGCUACGCACUGGCGUGAACCAACCACAAAUGGCUUCCAUGAGGCCCCAGACAGACGACAGAGGGUACCUUAUCGUCCGGAUCAACGACUGCUUUAACGGUAGAUACUGUGCUGAACGGCCCCUUGGACAGGGCUCAUUUGGUAGAGUGGUGCUGGCAAAAGACACCGUGAAUAACGCAUAUGUUGCCAUUAAAAUCAUGAAAGCCGGGAAGCUGUUCACGCAUAAAGGAAGAGAAGAAGCAGAAAUAAUGAGCCUACUCUCUGAUGAAGAUCCACCUAUCUCGUGCAAGUUCAUAGAGUCCUUUAUGCAAGGAAAUCAUUACUGCAUAGUUAUGGAGGCAUUAGGGUCCAAUUUAUAUCAUCUCCUCAAGAGCACAAAGAUGCAGGGAUUCCCUCUCCAGACGAUACGUGUCUGGGCGCGGAAGUACUUGACGUCGUUCAAGAAACUCCAGCACGAAAGCAUACGGAUUAUCCACACAGAUUGCAAACCAGAAAACACCUUGAUACCGUUCAACAAUACCUGUGUGGAGGACAUUCGCAUAGUGGACUUCGGAUCCGCUGUCCGGUAUCCCGAAGGCCAGAUGUUCUUGUACAUUCAGUCACGCUACUAUCGUGCACCAGAAGUCCUUCUGCUCCAGCCAUACGACUACCAAAUAGAUAUAUGGAGCAUUGCAGCGAUACUCUUCGAGAUGCACACGGGGAAGGUGCUCUUCCCGGCAAAAUCUUCGGAAAUUUUGUGUUACAUGAUGGUAGACAUACUGGGCUAUCCUCCAAAAGAGAUGAUCAUGGACGAAGAGCAGAAACAGAUAAGUAACAGUCUUAAGAGAUACUUCAAAAUGCGGAAGCAAGAAGACGCGGAGCUGUUCCAUCUAAAUGAAAACGCCUUCCCGCACCAGGUAGUGCCUGACAGCUACCUUUUAAACAAGAGCGUUAUUGAAAUGGCAGAAGCCCAGAAAGAACGGAUAUUUGGGAGACCCCUUCGUGAGCUCAUUCGAAAUCCCGUUAUGACUCAGUAUGAAGGACACACCAGUGCAGACUACGAGGAAUUUGAAGAGUUUUUGUCGAAGAUCUUAGUAUAUGACCCGAAGAGGCGGUGGACAAUAGACGAAGCCCUAAACUCGCGGUUUCUCAGUCACUAA